AUGGUCCAAGAGCCCCGAAUCGUCGGUGGUGGUGGCAUUCCUCCCGGUCUUGUUCGCGAUAGCAUGGCCGAGAUGGUCAAUCUGGUCCCGACCCCGACCAUCUUCCAGCUAUGUGGCAUUGACGAGACAUUCUCGCACAAUGGAAAAUCGCUACUUCCAGCUAUUCUAGAAGACAGGGACCUGCAAAAAGCCUUCUUUUCAGAGGCGGCUUCUUGCUUUCAGAGGAGCCGCUUCUCGACCCGCCAUCGCUCUCGUACGACCCCAAGUCCAAGCUGUAGCACGAGAACACACGAUUGGUGGGCAAGGUUGUACGAACCAGCGGAGUUGAAUGGUCUCCGUGCCGAUCCUAUAGAACUGCACAACCCAGCGACUGAUCAGUGA